ACAGAACCUUCUUCUCUCUUCUCUUCUCCAUUAAGUCAUACCCCCAUUUCCCCUAACAGUGAGCGGCAUUGAAAUCUGUUCUUGCCCUCCCCACUCUCUCUCUCUCUCUCUCUCUCUCUCAUCAGAUCGAUUCGACACUAAUCACAACACUAAUCCAACUCAAUCCAUUUCUUGUUUUCCUUUCCUUUUUUUUUUUUAGUUCAAGAUUUUGCUUUUCGGGUAUUUUAUGCAAUCCCAGAGAAAACCCUUCUCUGUUUGAUCUUCUCCUUCUUGAUCAUUCAUUGAUUCGAUUUUUUUCCUCCAACAUAUCCAUCGUCCUCUGUCGGGUGCCGAUGAGCAUGUCGUCAGUGAAGUCCCCCUACACAGUCCCGCCGCCCUGCAACCACCUCGCCAGCUACAAGCUCAAGAACGGCCUCGCCGGCUACACCUCCCUCCAAGAAUACCUCAGGAUCGCCCCAAACGGGAAGCCCGCCAUCUCCAAACCCGAUUCCAAGGCACCCGGUUGCUCCUCCUGUAAUGGGUCCCACCAAAGGCUCUACCUUUGCCUCAGCUGCAACUGGAUCUCCUGCAUAGAUCACACCCUCUCCCACACCCGAUCUAGCCUCGGCCACGAGAUCGCGGUGGACAUCGAGCGGGCCGAGCUCUACUGCGGGACCUGCCGGGAUCAGGUCUAUGAUCCCGACUUCGAUCGCGCCGUGAUGUGUAAAUACAUCAGGGAGAUGAUGCCGAGGGGUAGGAAUGGGUUCGAGGGGAUUAGUAUCAUUUCGGAGAGGUCUAGUAAAAGGAGGCGGCUGGUCCCGGGUUUGGACUCGGACUUCUCGGUCUCGAAGCAGCUGAUUUGUUCCGGGGAUCAGAGGGCGAAGUCUUGUUACCCUUUAGGGUUGAGGGGGCUGAACAAUUUGGGGAACACUUGCUUUAUGAACUCCGUUUUGCAAGUCCUGUUAAAUGCCCCUCCUCUCAGGAAUUACUUUCUCAAUAACAAGCAUAACCAAGACGCCUGCCGUAAGGCUUCGGCCGAUCGGUUCUGUUUGCUUUGCGAUAUUGAUGUCAUUUUUUCGGCAGUGUUUUCGGGUGAUCGAAGCCCAUUUAGCCCUGCUCAGUUUCUUUACAGUUGGUGGCAGCAUGCGGCAAAUCUAGCUAGUUACGAGCAACAGGAUGCUCAUGAAUUCUUCAUCUCUUUGUUGGAUGGGAUCCAUGAGAAAGAAGGCAAAGCAAAAGACCUAAACAAAGAUGGGAGAGAUUGCCAGUGCAUUGCUCAUCGGGUUUUCUCUGGGCUAUUGAGAUCAGAUGUCACUUGCAUGGCCUGUGGAUUUACUUCCACAACAUAUGAUCCUUGUAUGGACAUUUCUCUCCACAUGGACACGAACAGUUCUCUCUCAGCCGACUCACCGAACAAAGCCAAUAAAUCUAGCGGCAAUAAUAUGGGCAGCUCCAGUUCAACCCUCAUUGGAUGCCUGGACCUGUUCACGAGGCCUGAGAAGCUUGGGUCUGAUCAGAAGCUCCACUGCCAGAACUGCCAGGAGAAGCAGCACUCGUUGAAGCAGCUCUCUAUCCGAAGGCUUCCCUUAGUAUUGUGCUUGCACAUUAAGCGGUUUGAGCACUCUCUCGUGAGGAAGGCUUCGAGAAAGAUUGAUUGGUACUUGCAGUUCCCGUUCUCGUUGGACAUGGGUCCGUACCUGUCCUCCUCGAUUGUUAGGAAGCGGUUCGGGAACCGAAUCUUCCCUUUUGAAGGAGACGAAUCGGAGAUCUCAUCGGAGUUUGAGAUCUUUGCUGUGGUCACUCACUCAGGGAUGCUCGAGUCUGGUCAUUACAUUACCUUUGUUCGGUUGAGGAAUAUGUGGUAUAAGUGCGAUGAUUCGUGGGUGACUGAGGUCGAUGAGAAGACCGUCAGGGCUUCUCAAUGUUACAUGGUCUUCUAUGUGCAGAAGAUGCUUUACUACAAGGCAAACGAGGAGCUCAGUUGCAUCCCUAUCUCCUCGCAGCGGGACGCAUUUCUUCCGGUGGUCGGGUGUUGCUAAUAUGAGAGGAAUCCUUUUUAUCAUUCCGAAAAAUGCCCCAGCUCGCGUAAGGUCCCGUUGCAGGAAAAUAAUCAAGUUCUCUUUUUUUUGCUGGGAUCAGAGAACCCUUCUUGGGUUUGAAAUCGGAGUUUUCUGCCAGUUAUUUUCCUGAAUGGAUGAACCUCAUGCAGAGGCAUCAAGAUUUAGUUCUCCGAUGACGGUUACGGCCAAUAUUUCUGGGAUACUGGGCAGUAAAAUGCAUUUUCUCAUAUGUUUGAACCCAAGUUUACAGGUGGGAAAUCCGAUUGGAGAAAUCCAGGAAAAUUGGCCUGGAGCUCGACGAUAUAGUAUUCCCUUUUCGUCGCAGGAGGCUUCUCUCCUUGUCAUGUACAGGCAAAAGCAAAUUCGAUAACUACUCCAGCCGAUAGAAUUUCGGUCUUAGAGUUAGUUUCAGAUUUCCCAACUAACAAUCAUUUUUCGGUGUUGUCCUUGAUUAUAACAACAUUGAUUCCUACCUGUUUUCUGGUAUCACCUGGAUUCUGGCCUGCUCCAAUUUUCAGCAGAUGAGUUCUGUUUUGUGUGCUUUUUUUUUUUUUUUCCCUUGGUAGAAAAGAGAGAAGAAACACCGUUAACAUUAUCUGUCUCAAACAUUAUCCAUUACCGGAUGGGCAGACAGAGUCCUUACUUAAUAUGAUUGUUAUUAAUGGGGUGGGUGGUAUGACUUGAUGAACGUUUGA